CAUCCCAUUCGACGGUAAUCUUGCUCCACUGCCUGAUCGGCCGGUCUAUUGGGUAGAGCGCGGAAAAGACAAGCCAACACUUCGCUGUGUCGGUUUUCCUAUCACGAAAAUACGGUCGAAAAGUUCUUGAUUCGAGGAUUGUACCGGCUGCAACUCUCGAUAAUCGAUAAGAACUUUUUCAGCCUCUAGUUGUCGCAUUGUCCACGAGAGAGUGACGCCGAAACAACUUUCGAAUCAUUGUGCACUACCUGUGUAUGCUGCUCUUCUAUUUGACAAUUCGCAUUUUACCAGAAGAAUAAACCUCUAUCGCCCGCUAAGACGCUUCGUGGUGGGAUCAAUCUUUGAAGAUGCCGCGCAAGGCCAUUGAUUCUCGCAUUCCGGCACUGAUCCGCAAUGGCGUACAGGAGAAGAAGCGAAGUUUCUUCGUCGUCGUCGGAGAUCGUGCCAAGGAUGUCAUUGUUCACUUGCACUAUAUAAUGUCCAGCGUGGACGUCAAGCAGAACAAGUCGGUUCUGUGGGCCUACAAAAACAAGCUUCUCGGGUUCACGAGUCACCGAAAGAAGCGGGAGGCGAAGAUUAAGAAGGAGAUCAAACGAGGUAUCCGUGACGCCGACACCGACGAUCCAUUCGAGCUUUUCGUUUCGCUACACAACAUUCGUUAUGUAUACUACAAGGAGACGGACAAGAUUCUCGGUAACACGUACGGCAUGUGCGUGCUGCAGGACUUUGAGGCUCUGACGCCCAACCUGCUCGCGAGGACAGUGGAGACUGUAGAGGGUGGUGGUCUAGUCAUCCUCCUCUUGAAGGGCAUGAACAGCUUGAAGCAACUCUACACGCUGUCGAUGGAUGUUCACUCAAGAUACCGGACAGAGGCCCACGACGAUGUGGUUGGUCGAUUCAAUGAACGGUUUAUUCUCUCGCUCGGUAGCUGCGACUCUUGUCUUGUGGUGGACGAUGAGUUGAACGUUCUGCCCAUCUCCGGAGGCAAGAAUGUAAAGGCUCUUCCGCCUCCGGAUCCUGAAGAAGAGAAAGCAUCAUCCUCGAAAAAGGAGCUUGAGAGCAUCAAAGAGAGUCUUGCCGAUACCCAGCCAGUUGGCUCUCUGCUCACGCUUGCGAAAACGACAGACCAGGCAAAGGCGUUGCUUACAUUUGUGGACGCCAUCGCUGAGAAGACGUUGCGGAGCACCGUCACAUUGACUGCAGCCCGUGGUCGAGGAAAGUCUGCGGCCCUCGGUGUUUCAAUUGCAGCUGCCAUUGCGCACGGUUACAGCAACAUUUUCAUCACAUCUCCGAGCCCAGAAAAUUUGAAGACUCUGUUCGAGUUUGUGUUCAAGGGUUUCGACGCCCUGGGCUACCUCGACCACGUUGACUAUACCAUCAUCCAAUCCACCAAUCCCGCUUUCAACAAGGCGAUCGUUCGCGUCAACGUCCACCGACAGCACCGUCAGACGAUUCAAUACAUCCAGCCUGAGGAUGCUUACACAUUGGGCCAAGCUGAGCUGCUUGUUAUCGAUGAGGCAGCUGCAAUCCCUCUUCCAUUGGUGAAAAAGCUGAUGGGUCCUUACCUUGUCUUCAUGGCUUCUACCAUCAACGGUUAUGAAGGUACCGGUCGUUCGCUAUCCUUGAAGCUGAUCCAGCAACUCCGAGAGCAGGCUCGGGGCGGCGCGAAGCUCAGCAAUGCCGACGACGGCGAUGUUGCCGACAGAUCGACCGGAAAGCCUGCAAAGGAUGGAAGCCAAAACAUUACGGGUGGUCGAUCCCUUCGUGAGAUUACGCUUUCGGAGCCUAUCCGAUAUGCGCCUGGCGAUUCUGUUGAAGGAUGGCUCAACAAACUGCUCUGCCUGGAUGCAACUCUCCCCAAGGCCAAGAGAAAUACACAAGGCUGCCCUCAUCCAUCGCAGUGCCAGCUUCUCCACGUCAACCGCGACACCCUCUUCUCCUUCCACCCCGUCUCUGAGAAGUUCCUCCAACAGAUGAUGGCACUCUAUGUGGCUAGUCACUACAAGAACUCCCCCAACGACCUCCAGCUCAUGUCCGACGCUCCAGCCCACCAGCUGUUCGUCCUCGUUCCCCCCGUCGAAGAAAACAGCCCUCGUCUUCCCGAGCCUCUCUGCGUUGUCCAACUCGCUCUGGAAGGCCGCAUCAGCAAGGAGAGCGUACUCAGCAGCCUGAGCAGGGGACAGCGCGCCGGCGGUGAUCUCAUUCCCUGGCUUGUCAGCCAGCAAUUCCAGGACGAGGAUUUUGCCGGUCUGUCUGGUGCUCGAGUUGUGCGCAUCGCGACCAACCCCGAGUACAUUGGCAUGGGUUACGGCUCUCGCGCCCUGGAACUUCUCAUUGACUUUUAUGACGGCAAAUUUGCCAGUCUUUCCGAAGACGACGCCCCCGUCAACGAAGAAAUGCCGCGUGUCACCGACGACGAAUUGGCCAACGCAAGUCUGCUCGACGACAAUGUCAAGGUCCGAGACAUUCACACGAUGCCGCCUCUCUUUGCCAAGCUCUCAGAGCGCAAACCCGAAGGCCUCGACUACCUUGGCGUCAGCUACGGCCUGACCAGCUCGCUGCACCGGUUCUGGAAGCGCGCAUCCUUUGUGCCCGUGUAUCUCCGCCAGACCGCCAACGAGCUGACUGGCGAGCACACGUGCGUCAUGCUGCGCACUCUCGAGAAUGGCGCAGACCCGACAUGGCUGGGUGCCUUUGCACGGGACUACCACAAGCGUUUCCUCUCUCUUUUGUCCUACCAAUUCCGACACUUCCCCUCGAUUCUCGCGCUCAGCAUCGACGAGUCCGCCUCUGCGGGCGAGAAACUCGACGAGUCCACCCUCGUGCAGCCGCUCACCAAGGCCGAGCUCGAUGCCGUCUUCUCUCCGUUCGACCUCAAACGUCUCGACAGCUACGCCAACAACAUGCUCGACUACCACGUCAUUCUCGACAUGGUUCCCAUCAUUGCAGGCUUAUACUUCUCCGGCCGCCUCAAGCAAUCCCUCAAGCUGUCUGGCGUGCAGACUUCGAUCCUCUUGGCUAUCGGUCUGCAGCGCAAAGUCCUCGAGGAUGUCGAAAAGGAGCUGAACCUCCCUUCAUCUCAGCUACUUGCCAUGUUCAUCAAGAUUGUCCGCAAGAUAUCCUCUCACUUCCGUGCCCUCGUCGAGGGCGCCGUCGCAGAGACCCUGCCAGAUGCCGAAGCCGGCAAGACUCGCGACGGCUUGUCCGCUGCGCAUGACGACGAGCAGGCCAUUGAUGGCGACGAGCGCUUCGCUCCUCUUGCAAUGUCCUUGGAUCAAGAACUCAAGGACGAGGGCGAUGCCGUGAACCGGGAAUUGAGAGAGAAGCAACGUGCUCUGAUUGACUCUCUGCCUUUGGAUCGGUAUGAAAUCUCCAACAACGACGACCCUGCAUGGGCCGAAGCCGAGCGUCAGAUCCGUCGCACCGGCGCCAGCGGUGCCAACGGCGCUAGCACCACUAUCAGCGUCAAGUCUAGCAAACCGUCUGCCUCUUCCUCUGCUGCGAAGCGCAAGGCCGGCGAUGUCGUUGCGCAAGUCGCGCAGGAAGCAGACACGCAUGCUUCGAAGAAGAGCAAGAAGAAGUCGAGGUAAAUUGGUCAUUGGUCAUGAUUAGCUAAAAAGAAGCCUGCAUAGGAGUGAGGAAGGGACUCCUUAAAAGUUUGAGAAUAAAAGGCGUUUUUUCUUUCUCCUUUUUACUUUUCUUCAAUGAGGGCGUUUUACAAUUUUAUUUGCAUUGUAUUGUGCUUAUCGACACAUAUUAAGCACUACCGCUUUGCUGCUGGUGCUAUUCAUCGACUCAUUAUCAUCGUAUUGUUUUAUUAUUUGAUUAUUUGAUUAUUUUGUCAGUUUUUCAAUUUGUCAUUUUGUCAUUUAUCUGGCGUUUCAAUCUACGUUUGAACUGUUGGGCAAGUUCUUUAGUCCCUAGUACCGACGUCUGUCGAGGGUCCUGACUCCUUUAUCUUUUGUCCCCUCUCGAAUGUCUUUUCUUUUGGCAUGUUGCAUGCUAGAUAGUUGAUACAAUCAUAUAAACUUCUCUAU